AAAUUUUUGUUAUUUUUCGUUCGAUUUGUUUAUAAUUUGUUUAAUGUCCAAAAUGUCAAGCAAAGAAUCUAAAGCAGUACUUAAAGAAGUGCGUGAAGCAAUUAAGUAUGAAAAAUUCAGCGAUGCUAUAGAAAAAUGCCAAGCUUUGCUCCAAGAUGAACCCAAGAAUUAUAUGGUUUAUUUGCUACUAGGCGCGGCGUAUCAGAGUAGCAGCAAAGAUCAGGCGGCGAAAUAUUUACGCAAGGCAGUCGAGUUUUCACCGGCUGCGCCAACUGUUGCGCUGCAGGGGUUGGCCAACUGCGCACCGUUGAGUGAGUUGCCAAAAAUUUAUGAGCAAUUGUUAGAUUUAGUGCCCGAAAAGUAUAAUUUUUAUUUUGAAAAGCUCUAUACAACAGGAAUCAGUAACAGGAGCGUUGCAGAGGAAUGCUUCAGUAUUUUCAAAAGAGAAUUAAAAAGAAAUGAUCAAAAUGAAGACCGUCUUAAACUCGUGGCAAAAUAUUUAGCGCAACUUUGGCUGUUAUUUGACUUUGAGGUUGUUGAAGAGGAUGAAGCAACCUAUAAGCGCGCUUUGGAGGAGCUGAUUGCAGACCCUAAAUUAGAACAGCAUCUAAGUGCUUAUAAACGUUACUUGAAACUUCUAUACAAACAAGAAGACUACGCCAACUGCAUUAAAUAUGCGUGUGAAGUAACUGAAAUGUAUCAUGAUGAUAUAUAUGCCUACGAAUGGGUUUGCAAAAUUUACUGCGAACACCGGAAUGUAGCAAUAACAUGCCUAAGCGAAUUCUCUAAACCCAUAGAGCACUACGUGGAUAUAUUGUUGCAACUAAAUUCCAAUGCCAGUUUAGGACUGUUGAUUAGAGCUAUUAAGUUAUGGGAACAGCAACAAUUUGUAACGGCGCGAGAUCUACUUUAUCGUGUGAGGGGCUUACAACCAAAAUAUACUGUUGCUUUGGAAUUAUUAGCGCGGGUGGAAAUGGUGAUUGGCGCUUGGAGUUUGGCAUUGCCAAUAUGGUGUGAAACAGGUAAAGAAAAUACUAUAGAAUACGCCGUCUGCUUGUCGCAUGUAAGCAAUGAUGAGGUGCUGCUGCGCAAGGUGGUAGACCUGCUGCAUCAAUUCGAUGAAAACGUAGAUGUUAUUGCCACUUUAGCAAGAUGUUACUUCAAAAUAGGCGAAAUGGACAAACUAAAGACACUGCAUUUAAAUACAGUGCAACAAGCCGAAUUUCUUAUGGCGCCUCUUGCUGGAAUCGAUGCUUUGACAAACUCCACCGAUUCUGAAUCAUUUGAUACACUUUUCUUACUCUCAAAAUUACAUUUACAAUUGGCAAACUAUGCUGGCGCUUUGAAUUGUAUGCUUAAGGCAACUCGUUUACGACCAUAUUACGCAGAAUGCUUCCAUUACCUUGGUAAAAUAUACUAUGGCACAAAAGAUAUAGUGCGCUCACGAAAAUGUUUUGAAAAAUGUGUAAAUUUAAACCCCAUAUGCGAGAGCGCAGUGAAUAAUUUAAGCGCUAUUUAUCAGCAACUAGGUGAAGAGGAUUUGAACGUUGCAUUGCUGCUAAAUACACUCAAACAUAUGAAGUGUGAAGAUUCUAAACAUAUACAGUACAAGCUCGGUUUGCAUUAUUUUCAUGUUAAUAAGUGGGAUGAUGCCAUACAGUCGUUCCGCACAGCUAUUAAGCUCGAUAGCAGUUGCAUGAAUUAUUGGGAAUCUCUGGGUGACGCUUAUGCAGAGCGAGGUUCUUAUAACUCUGCUAUACGAGUUUUCCAAAAAAUACUCGAAAUGAAUCCAAGUAAUAUUUACGCUAAACUACAAAUUGCAUUGAUUAAAUCUACUGUGCGAAUGUAUACCGAAGCUAUAGCGGAAUUCGAUGACUUGCUACGCGGCCAUCCCGAUUAUUUACCUGGUUUAAAGGGCGCUGCUGAGGCCCAUAUUGGUCUGGCGAACAAUUUAAAGUUAGAGCAUCUAUAUGGACGUUGUAAGGACCAUUUGCAGUUGGCUGUUAAUCAUUUGCAAAGCGCAUUCUUGACUUUGAACGGUCAAAGUAUGUUUUGGUUGUGGCGCCUAACCGCCAAUGUGUUUGUACAAACAGCACUCAUGCCGAACUCAUUGGCAUACCUGGAAGUAUCAGGGAAACUGGCAAAGUUGGAAGAUGAAACAGCGAUUUUGCAAAGGAAGGACCUUUUCACAUUAGCUGCAAGAUUUUACACCUGCGCCAUUAAGUUAAAAGCAAACACAUUUAUUUGGUAUGAAUUCGCAUUGUGUUGUUACUAUUCCGCGAUCUAUAUUCCCGAUGAAGCAACUUCUCAUUUGGCAUUGGCUAUAAAAGCCUCCAAAUUGGCUGUAAAUGAGCAAAGCGACCGUUGGCAAAAUUGGAAUUUGCUUGGAGUAAUAAAUUUGCAUAAGGAAAUCAACCAAUUGCCCUUAGCACAGCAUUGUUUCAUUCAGGCACUGACGCUUGAACGUAAAUCUUAUACAACUUGGACAAAUCUGGGUGUGCUCUACUUAAAGCUGAACGAAAUAAAGCUUGCUAAUCAGGCAUUUCAGCGUGCUCAGCAGUCCAGUCCUAUAUAUGGAAAUGCGUGGAUUGGACAAGCUAUGAUCGCCGAAAGUAUUGGCGAAGAGGAGGAAGCUUUAGAUCUUUUCAGACACUGCCAGCAGUUUGAAUAUCACCCCGAGUCCUCACUGGGAUAUGCGCACUGGGUUUGCAUGGUGUUAACGGAUGCGGAAAAGUGCAAAAAACCACAUUAUCGACAUGCUAUCGAUAGCAUGUAUGCUGACGUGGUGGCGUUGGAUGCAAUUAAUUGGCACGUUAUAAACGAAGAAAAAGAUGCAACUUCUGCCGCACUUUCCUUCCAAGGAUUCUUAAGUUUACGGCAGCGACAUUAUCGUCCUGCAGUGAGAGCAUACCUUCAAGCUGUGAAGUGCACAACACCUAGUGCUGAGCGUGAUAAAUUACUCACGAGCUUAGGUUAUCUCUACUUGAAGUUAAAUCAGCCCAAUGAUGCUAUACAGAUUUUCAAUCGAGUAGUACAUUCAUCACUCAAUGCCAUUAUUGGAUUGGCUCUGGCUUUUGUGCGCGCUGGCCAACAUCAGGAGGCAUAUUCAGUAUAUAACUCUGUAUUGAAGAGUAUGGCAGAUAAUAACGAGGAAAAGGCUGGCAUGAUAUUGGUAGCAAUGGCCGCGAUGGUGUAUUCGUCGCAAGGCGAAGCAGAUACCAAAACGAUUCUAUAUCAAUGCAUCUUGCUUAAGAACUCUCCCAUACAGGCUCUCUAUUCUGCCUGUGCACUGGGUAUUCUGCAUCAAGAUAAUCAACUAACAACAACUAUUCUGGCGGAGUUGAAGAAGUACGAAAAUAGCGAAGCUUAUUCUGCGCAUAUUUCAUAUUUGACGGCACAAUACUAUGUAGCUAUUAAACAGACUCGCAAAGGCCUCACAUAUUUACUGUCACGUCUGCACGUUUUCCCAAGCUGUGCUGAAUUGCGAAAAGUUUUGGCAAAUUUUCUGUUGGAUAAUUUCAGCCAUGCCUCACAAUAUCAUUUGGCUACAAGCCAAAUUGCUCUGAGCUCAAUUACUUUAUUGCAUCGUAAUAAAGCACAAAAGAGCGACUGCAUUGAGGACUCCCAAUUGUUACUGAUUGCGAGUCGCGCAUUAAGACCCGUAGAUAAAACGCGCUCCCUAAAAUUGAUACAGCAUGCUAUACGUUUGCAUCCUCAAAAUCAGAAUGCUUGGCUGGCACUACAGGAAGUUCAUUAAUUGGUUUUUUUUUGCUUCUAAAAAAUUAUGAAAACAGGUCUUGCUGAUUUUGAAUCAAAUCGUUUUUAGCGACGAAGAUUAUGUAACUAAAAGCGUAUUUUAUGCAAUGAAAUACUGUCUGACAUUAAAAUCUACAUAUUUACAAAUUUUCUUGCUUCGAAAUGCCGACAGAUUAAAAAGACGAAAGUCUUACUAACUGAUAAAAAGGUAAGCAAUGAAAUUGUGAUUCAACAUAGGAUUUUUUUUUUGCAAAAGAUAAAGCACAAAAACUCAAGAGUGGAAUAUAAUUCGCUGGAAGCACUAAUAUGAAUAUUUGAAACAUAUUAAAUAUAUCGAGCCUUAACCGCAAACAUGACGUAAGCAACAUUUUUUCAAAUCAUAAUUUCGAUACAGAAUUGCUAUUAGAGCAUCUAGGAGCAUUUUUGCAUGAAAAAGGAUGUUUUGAAUCUUUUGAACAAGCACAUAUUUUUCCUUUUAGAUUUGAUCUUACGCUUGCUCUAACAGGCAUCGGAGCGGUUUCGUUUUAAUUUCAUUCCGAAGAUAAAUGAUGAAAUAGAAAAAGACGUUUUGUAUAAGUUUUUGCCAGAAGGUCUUAGGCUGGAAAAUCUACGUAUGUACAUAUAUUUUGGCUGGGUUGUGCUUUGAGGGAUGUUAAUCAAAUUGCUAACAACUAAAGGGUUUGAAAAGUUGAAAAGUAAUUCCAAAUAUCACCUAGCGAACUGCCGAAAGAAAUUGAAUUCUCGGGCAGAAAAUUAAAAGCAGCGUAGUAAAAAA